UGAAUCCAUCGAUGGUGCGCGUUUCUUGGCUCGAUUGCAUGGGACGGUGUUCAGUUUAAAAUGGCGGCGGAAGCAAUGAAACAGCCUCGUUGAAACCGGAGGCGACAGAUGUGGGUAGGGGCGCAUCAUGGACCGAUCGAGUGGACAGCAACCUGCCGCGUCGGCUGCCCACCUGUAGCACCAGCAUUAUGGCGCACACAACCGACGGCAUCAGAGACAACACAGCGGUUUGUGUUGGUAAAGAAGGUGCAUCUGGCGCUGUUCUGAUGGAGAAUGGAGGCGUGUCUCUACAGCGCUCCUCCCCGACAGGCCAGCGGGACGGGGGGGCGCUCAAGCAGUGCUCCCUCUCCCUCCCCAGCUACCGGCCCGCCCCGCACUUCGGCGGCCCCCCCGACGAGGACCGGGACAGCCUGGCGUCGCAGGACUCGGGCAUCCCCACCCUGGAGAUCAACAACCCGGAGCACAUCCACGCCCGGCCGGGCCCCCGGGACGGCCCCGCCACGCUGGCGCUGGAGCCCUCGGACGGCGGGCCCCGGAAGUCGUCCACGUUCCCGCGGAGCGGCCAGGACGCGGCGGGCCGGCUGCUGAGCCCCGGCUCGCGCAGCGCGCUCAACCGCAGCGACGGCAUCUCGGUGUGCAGCGUGUCCAGCCUGAGCACGGAGCUGUCGGCCACGCUGUCCGUCAGCAACGAGGACAUCCUGGACUUCAUGGUCACCUCCGACUCCAGCGCCAUCGUCACCCUGGAGACGGACGACACGCACUUCUCCGACGUCACGCUCUCCUCGCCCAACGAGCACGGGGACCUGUGGAGCCCCCGGCGACGGCCCCCGGCGACCUCGCAGGAGGAGGGCCGGAACAAGAGACUGGGCCCCCUGGCCAGCUUCUUUACCAGGAGUCUGUUCGCCAGGAAGGUGAAGGAGCCCAGGCCUCUGGAGCCCAGGGAGCCGGGAUGGAAGCUCUUUGGGAAGGUUCCCCUGAGGGAGGGGCCCGUGAAGGACCCCCGGAAAAUCCAGAAGGAAUAUGAAACAAGAAGUGGUAGACCUGGCAACCUGGCAUCUCCCAAACAGAGCGUGAGGAAGAACCUGGAUUUCGAACCCCUGUCCACCACAGCACUUAUCCUGGAGGACCGUCCAGCGAAUCUUCCAGCCAAGCCAGCAGAAGAGGCACAGAAACACAGACAGCAGUAUGAAGAGAUGGUGGCGCAGGCCAAGAAGCGAGAGAUGAAGGAGGCUCAGAAGAGGAGGAAGCAGCUGGAGGACCGAUGCAAGCUGGAGGAGAGCAUUGGCAACGCUGCGCUCACCUGGAACCAGGAAAUCCUCCCCAACUGGGAGACCAUGUGUACGUCUCGACGGGUUCGAGAGCUGUGGUGGCAGGGCGUACCCCCCAGCGUCAGGGGCAAGGUGUGGAGCCUGGCCAUCGGCAACGAGCUCAACAUCACCCACGAGCUCUACAGUAUCUGCCUGUCCAGAGCCAGGGAGAAGUGGAAAGCCAUGCCGACGUCGUCCUCCGACACCGAAAGCGAAGAUGCUGGGUUGUCUCUAGCGGACAAAGAAGCUAGCCUGGAGCUGAUAAAGUUAGACAUUUCCAGAACGUUCCCCAAUCUCUGUAUAUUCCAAAAGGGUGGCCCUUAUCAUGACAUGCUGCACAGCAUUCUGGGAGCGUACACCUGCUACAGGCCAGAUGUGGGAUAUGUACAAGGCAUGUCCUUCAUUGCCGCAGUGUUCAUUCUGAAUCUGGACACUGCUGAUGCCUUCAUUGCUUUUACCAACCUGCUGAACAAACCCUGUCAGAUGGCAUUCUUUAGAGUGGACCACAGCCUUAUGUUGACUUACUUUGCGGCAUUUGAAGUGUUCUUUGAAGAGAAUCUACCAAAGCUGUUUGCACAUUUUAAGAGCAACAACCUAAGUCCCGAUAUUUAUUUAAUCGACUGGAUCUUCACCCUGUACAGUAAAUCCCUGCCCCUGGACCUGGCGUGCCGCGUGUGGGACGUUUUCUGCCGGGACGGCGACGAGUUCCUCUUCCGAACUGCGCUGGGCAUCCUGAAGCUCUACGAGGACAUCCUGACCAAGAUGGACUUCAUCCACAACGCGCAGUUCCUCACCAAGCUGCCCGAGGACAUCUCGGGCGACGAGCUCUUCGCCGCCAUCGCCACCAUCCAAAUGCACAGCAAGAACAAGAAGUGGGCUCAGGUUCUGCAAGCAUUGCAGAAAGAGCAGGAGCGAGGCAGUCCUGUCCUGAAACACUGAGUGACAGAAAGCUCAUGCACAGACACAUACCCUGGACUGAGACUGACACACACACACACUGAGACAGACACACAGACACUGGACUGAGACUGACACACACACACACACACACACUGAGAGAGACACACACACACAC